AUGAGAGAAACAGAGAGAAAGAAAGUUGUCGCGGUUUUAUUGUUGGGAUUUGAAAGCCUGAUUGACUGGGCAAAUUGUGCAUUUUCUGAAAUUGGAACCACAAAUGCUGUUACUCUGUACAAGAGAUUGGAUUACGGAUUCAAUGGCUAUCAGGUUCCUCCUGUGCCCCGAGCUACCAGAUCAACUAGGAGGAGGGGUUCCUUUAAGAAGAAACAUGAAGAGAAUCAGAUGUGUGCGUUUGACUUAUUGGCCAUUGUAGCUGGAAAGUUAUUGCUUGAUAAAGAAAGUGCUCCCAGUUCUAGUAAUACAUCAGCAGACAAAGAUCAGUUUGCAGUUGUUAAUAGUGCUGUAAAAAAUGAAUGGCAGGAUGAAGAAAAACCUUUGAAAGUAGAAGCUUGUGAUCAGGGAAGUGCUGCCAGGAAUUUCUUUGUUUCUGAUCUAUCACAAGUUCAUCGACAAGUUUGCAGUUUUAAGGAAUCUCCGGCCGCUCAGAAUGGCCUCAAUUUAGGAUUGGCUUCUCCACUAACAAAUUCGGAAUCUGCAGAGAGGUGUAAUGCUGAGAAGUUGGAGAAUGGAAAAAACAAGAAUGAAAUAGGAACUUUUGCCAGCAAAGUAGAUGGAGGUUCCUCUGGGUACAGAGAAUUUGGUGACGGUAAAUUAGAGGUGGAAGCGAAAAGAGCAGUGAAAGAUGGGCCUCAUAAGGCUGGGAUGGUGCUAAGUAGUACUGCAGCUAAUAUGUGCAGUUUAGAGGAUCCCGUGGUCCUGGAUGCAAAACCUCAUGCACUAGUCAGUUCAGAUAGUAAUGCCAAUGUGCCUCUGUGUGGGAACCAUAUUCCCAAUAGUUCUUAUCCCACAAAUCGGGAUGAUGUAAAUGUAGUUAGUAGAGAUGAUGACGAAAACUCCUCUGGGUUAGCUCCAAGGUUGAAGGAUGCUACUCUUAAUUCUGAUGGGGAUUUGAAGCCUGUUUUCCGCAAGAGGAAGAACUAUUACAGACAUCAAAGGUCUGAAAGGAUAUAUCCUUUCAAAAAAAGGAAGUACUUUGCCUAUAGUUCACCAUCAAAUUCUGAUGGAGGAAUGAGUUGUGAGUUUGCUUCUGAUUCACCUCAAAAGGGCAGCCAUGGAGUUGCUUCUGGCUCCUCUUCAAGAAUGCAUGGAGCCACUGGGGGAUCAUCUUCCUUUGCGGGUCAACACACUUCAUUCCAACGUAGGGAUUCUCACGUGAAGCUCAGGAUCAAGUCUUUCAGGGUGCCAGAGCUUCUUAUUGAGAUUCCAGAAAGUUCAACUGUUGGCUCAUUGAAGAGGACUGUUAUGGAGGCUGUGACUGCUAUACUUGGUGGUGGAUUACGUGUUGGUGUGCUUCUUCAAGGAAAGAAGGUUAGGGAUGACAAUAAGACUUUACAGCAGACUGGGAUUUCUCACAAUGACCAGUUGGAUGCUUUGGGUUUUUGCUUGGAGCCUAAUCCUUCACAAACUCCCCAUUCGUUGUGCCCUGGAGAUUCUCCCUUUCUACUUCAAUGUGACACACCACAGCCUAUAAGCAGGUAUCCUCCUGCUACUGGUGUGGUACAUCAGGGCAGUUGUGCUGGUUCUCCUGAGCCCCAUGUGAACAAUUUAGAAGAUUGUAUUGAAAGUGACCAUGAUUCAGCACCCUCUCCUACUGACACUUCAAUGGAAAAAAGCACAAAUUCAAAAGCGCUGGUUUCAGUACCAGCAAUGAAUGUAGAGGCCCUAGCUGCGGUUCCGGCACACCGGAAAUUCAAACGAUCUGAGAUCGUGCAGCGCCGAAUUCGUCGACCUUUCUCUGUUGCUGAAGUUGAAGCAUUGGUCCAAGCAGUUGAGAAACUUGGAACUGGAAGCAGAUGGCGUGAUGUUAAACUGCGAGCCUUUGAUAAUGCAAAGCAUCGGACAUACGUGGAUUUGAAGGAUAAAUGGAAAACACUGGUGCACACGGCAAGAAUAUCCCCUCAGCAAAGGAGGGGAGAGCCUGUACCCCAGGAGCUCUUAGACAGGGUCCUUACUGCCCAUGCUUACUGGUCCCAGCUGCAAGCCAAGCAACAGUUCAAACACCAGCAGGCAGAGACUUGCCUUCUCCUCUGA